CAUCCAUUGGGCGACCCUCACCUUUCCUCUGUCUCCCUUUAUUCCCAGUCCUGUGUGUGUGUGUGUGUGUGUGGCGACCCUCCCCCGCUGAUAAGAAAUGCUUUCUCCACAACUCUGAGAAUUCGCUGAGUGAUCUUGCUUGGCUUUCGAAAUCCUGAUGUUCCUGUACCUUGCACCCUCCCCUCCCCUGUCUCUUAUACGCGCUGCACUCCUUCUGCCCCGCUCUCUGUCUUCCCGGGAUCAGUCGGGCUUGGAGGCUGCACAAGGACAUGGUUCUUUGCUGCUGACCCUCUUAUUCCAACAUGGGUACCUCUACCAAGUACACAGCAGCCUCAUUGGAGGAGCCAGUCUCUAAUGGGACAAAGAAUUCCACGGCAGACUCGGGCUCACAAGAGUCCAUGAAACUGAAAAAAGAGAUCUCUCUUUUGAAUGGGGUGUGCCUCAUUGUGGGGAACAUGAUCGGUUCUGGAAUCUUUGUGUCACCCAAAGGAGUCUUAAUAUACAGUGCUUCCUUUGGCCUCUCGCUGGUAAUAUGGGCAAUUGGAGGUGUUUUUUCUAUCUUUGGUGCUUUGUGUUAUGCUGAGCUGGGGACUACAAUUACCAAGUCUGGGGCCAGUUACGCCUAUAUCCUAGAGGCCUUUGGUGGUUUUGUGGCUUUUAUUAGACUCUGGACAUCUCUUCUCAUCAUCGAGCCCACAAGCCAAGCUGUCAUUGCCAUCACAUUUUCCAACUAUAUGUUGCAGCCUAUCUUCCCUUCUUGUGGAUCUCCUUAUGCAGCUAACAGACUCAUUGCAGCAGGCUGUAUAGCACUCCUCACCUUUGUGAAUUGUGCCUAUGUAAAGUGGGGGACCCGGGUCCAGGAUAUCUUCACGUAUGCCAAAGUGGUAGCUCUGAUUGCUGUCAUUAUAGCUGGAAUUGUAAAGAUAUGUCAAGGUCAGUCGGAGAACUUUGAAAAUUCAUUUGCUGGCUCCUCAUAUGAUGUUGGUGACAUUGCUCUUGCAUUGUACUCUGCACUUUUCUCAUACUCAGGAUGGGACACACUUAACUUUGUCACAGAGGAAAUCAAAAACCCAGAGAGGAACCUGCCAUUGGCCAUUGGAAUUUCUAUGCCAAUAGUGACAGUGAUUUACAUCCUUACCAAUGUGGCCUAUUACACCGUUCUGGAUAUCAGGGAAAUUCUUGGCAGUGAUGCUGUUGCUGUGACCUUUGCUGAUCAGAUUUUUGGCAUAUUUAACUGGACUAUACCACUGGCUGUUGCUUUGUCUUGCUUUGGUGGCCUCAAUGCAUCUAUCCUUGCUGCAUCCAGGCUGUUCUUUGUGGGAUCUCGGGAGGGCCACCUUCCUGAUUCACUCAGUAUGAUCCACGUGCAAAGAUUUACACCAAUACCUGCCCUUCUCUUUAAUGGUGCAAUGGCUCUGGUGUACCUCUGUGUUGAAGACAUCUUCCAGCUCAUUAAUUACUACAGCUUUAGUUACUGGCUGUUUGUGGGACUUUCUAUUGCUGGGCAACUAUAUCUGCGCUGGAAAGAACCAGACCGACCUAGGCCACUCAAGCUCAGUCUAGUGUUCCCGAUCAUAUUCUGUCUUUGCACCGUGUUCCUGGUGGCUGUGCCCCUGUAUAGUGACCUGAUAAAUUCUCUGAUUGGAGUGGGUAUUGCACUGUCAGGAGUCCCAGUCUAUUUAUUUUUUGUUCGUGUCCCUGAGAAACGGAAGCCACAAUGUCUUCAGCGUGCUGCAGCUGCUCUGACACGCUACACCCAGAUUCUGUGCUACUCAGUACUAACUGAAAUGGACCCAGAAGAGGAACAAGACUUCUCAAAAAGUGAUUGAUAGACCUGCCAAUCAUUCCAUGACUGACUCAAAGAAACUUGAAGCCUUACUAAUUUAUUUCAUAAACUGUGCCUUUUUGUUUUUUUUAAAUUAACCUUUUUAUUACGAGGUGGCUGCAGAGCAGUUCUCUGGAUGGACAUGGGCCAACCAUUUCUCUCUGGGAGGGAAUAGUUGAAUAGCUUAAAGGGAUACUGUCAUGGGAAAACAUGUUUUUUUCAAAACGCAUCAGUUAAUAGUGCUGCUCCAGCAGAAUUCUGGACUGA